GACGCGGGUCGAAAAGUUGGACGUCGCGCGACGCGAGUGGAGCAGGCUAAUUGGCUAGAUGCGGCGAGGAGCGGCGUGACGGACGAGUGUUUGCUCGGAAAUCGGCUACAUCGACUCCAUUGCUGAGCGUAAUCGCGACCCAGCCUGGCUGGAAGGGAUAUAAGACUACGACUGCACAGCUUUGCGUUGUCAGACCGUGGAGGAUAACGUUCGUGUCCGAGCUGAAGGGAGAGACAACCUUGGCAUCAGAGUUCUUCAGUGGUGCGUGCUGGAAGACGGACCGAGUGCUACCACUCCGACAGUAGUUCCCUCGGACGCACCACGCGGCUUCUCUCGUUCGCCCUGGGACCCGCAACACCCGAUCAGUUUCGUUCGCCGGACGUCCCUCUCCGGCAAAGGCUACCUUCUUCUCAUUUUUUACUCGCGAGCAACCGGUACCUAGCGUGGAGCGUCCUUCGAUUUGCGGGCCGGCACGAGGAAAGGUUCGCGCAGGAAGACUAGUCGCGAGGUGAAUUACACCGUGGAUCGUUCGGCAGCGAGGUUCUCUUUCCUUGGGAUAAGCUACCUGACGACGAUCUUUCUCGACGUUCGACCAAUUGCAACAGAUUUGUCCAAUCACUAGGAAUCAGAGACAAUGUCGGGCAUCGUGGAAUGGUAUAAAGACCUUAUGUACAAUAAAAAUCAUCCAAAGACAAAGGAUUGGUUCUUGGCAUCAGGGCCAGGUCCACUGAUGAUAAUCCUCGUCAGUUAUGUCUACUUUUCCGUGUCUGCUGGACCAAGGUACAUGAAAGACAAAAAACCGUACGACUUAAGGAACGUUCUGAUUGUGUACAACUUCAUACAAGUAAUGCUUAGCAUGUACCUCCUUUACGAAGGCCUGAUGAGUGGAUGGCUGUACGACUACGAUUACUUCUGUCAGCCCGUCGACUAUUCGGACAGUCCACAAGCUAUAAGGAUGGCUAGCAUUGUACACUUUUAUUUCAUGUGCAAAUUAAUAGAACUGUUGGAUACGGUGUUCUUUGUCCUCCGUAAAAAAAAUCGCCAAAUCUCUGGACUUCAUGUAUAUCACCACGCUCUGAUGCCCAUAUGCGCUUGGAUCGGAACCAGAUUUCUGCCUAAUGGCCAUGCUACGUUUUUGGGCGUCAUCAAUGCCUUCAUUCACAUCAUCAUGUACCUAUACUACAUGCUAUCUUCGAUAGGACCGCACAUGAACAAAUACCUGUGGUGGAAGAAAUACUUAACCUCUUUGCAGUUGAUUCAGUUUUGUAUGAUUUUCGUUCACAACUUACAAAUCUUCUUCAACGGAUGUAAUUUCCCGAAAUCUAUGGCAUUCUUACUUAUGCUCAACUCGGUGAUAUUUAUCUACAUGUUUGGAUCAUUCUAUAUCGAAAAUUACAUCAAGAGUAAGCAACGAACCAACAAAGCAUUCGAGAAAAACGCGAAGAUCACUGUGACAAGGAAAGUGGAAUGAGUAGAUAUCGAUCACGUGGUUUGGUUUUCGUUCAUCGCGCACCAUUUCGUUACGAAGGAACAUUCAUGUUCGUUAGUAUACAUACCUCUCUAACGUAGAUAAAUAGGACUGUCGGAUAUUUAUUAUCGGUCGAUCGAUUUCACUUUCCCAUCUCGGGAAUGGAACGAUCUUUCGUAAAGUACGCUAAGUCUUCAGAGGACAGGAAAGAAUAUUUACCUUCUUAUCGACUGUUCUCCGCGUUAUUUUAUAAUAGCUACGCUCAAUCGUUUACGUACUUACGUUCAUGUACAAGCUCAAUUUCUUUUUAAAUUAGGCGCCUAACUCGAUAUUUGUAGCGCGUCGCGAAAGGAAAAGUAAAACGAAAGAAAAGUAAUAAUCGAUAAAGAAGUUAGUUCUAGAUGAUAAUAUUCAGUCAUUGCUGUCGGUAAUAAAGGAACCGCUCGAUCGAAGGUAUUACCAGUUGAUCCGGUUCUCAGAUCGGUCACAUCGAAUCUCUCUAAUCGUCGAUAAAA